AUGACGGCCUCAUCCGAUCCAUCCGCCCAACAGACCGCCACAAAACAGUCAUGGAAAGCUAAUUUUAGCCAGAAACAGCUUGAAAGAAAACGCCAUGUCGAUCGAAUCAGCCAACGCCGAAAUCGGCAGAAGUCCAAGGAGACAGCUACCCUCUUCAAAGACAAGAUGGAUCUGCUCGUGGAAGGCGACCACAAAACUUUGCUCGAGCGGAUGUCCAUGGAAAACGACGCUAUGAAAGCCAAGUUAGAUAUGUUCAAGGCCAAGUUUGAACAUGUACAUCGCAUCUCGAAAGAAUGUUUGCAGGUCGACGCGGAUUCGGAUUGUUCGCGUUUUUCAAAUCCAUCAAGCUCGAUAUUUGUGUCGCCCGAGAGGGAAACCACAGCAAACAGCAGUGCUGUAGAUGGUCAGCUGGGGAAUGUUUCCGAUAUGCUUAGGCGGAGCUUCUCGCAACAGCCAUCCAUAUUCUUUGGUAUUAUGGAGGCGAUGGAACAUGGUUCAGAUCUUGAAUCACAGGAAAUAUCCUCCCAUCGAUUUAUCGAGACCGUUUUGGCCUGGAAAUAUUCCAAAGGUCUCACAGAUGGCCUCGAUUAUCUUGCCCGGCAUUAUAAUCUACGCGGUCUUACGGAGGAUUUUGCGAAGGAUGGUAAGAUCAUUUGA